AUGGAGUCGAAGAUACUAAGAGCUCAACCUUUGUUUGGGAAGAGUAACUUCCUGAUGUUGGAUCAUGGGAUUCAUGACCUGAAAGACGGCAUUAGAAUAAUCGAAAUCACAAGUGUGGAAAAGAUUAAGAUAGUCGUAUUUCUCUUACAGAAAGAGGCUCAUGUGUGGUGGGGAUACUAUGGUCAAGUCCAAGUAUGA